AUGAGCUCCUUUACACUUCAGUCCAAGCAGAAAUUGAGAGACGGAAAUGAGAUACCUAUCCUUGGCUUCGGGACAUACGAGCUUCUGGGUGCCGAGGCCUAUCAAGCUGUGACGUGGGCUCUCGAGGCAGGAUAUCGGCACAUCGACUCCGCUGAAUGGUACGAGAAUGAGCGCGAAUGUGGACGUGCCAUCCUAGACUUCUGCAAGGCUACUGGGACUCCGCGCGAAGAGAUAUUCUACACGUCCAAACUGAAGAACAAUGCGGGCUACGCCGCAACCAAGAAGUCUAUCCAACAGUCUCUGGACGAAUGUGGCUUAGGGUAUAUUGACCUUUACCUGAUCCAUGGUCCGUGGGGUGGACCGAAGGCGCGGCGCGAUGCUUGGGAAGCCAUCGUGGAUGUCCAAAAGACUGGUGCGCUCAAGAGCGUAGGCAUAAGUACAUUUGGUGUUCGUCACAUGGAGGAGCUGUUCGGCGAUGGAAAGCUACCGACUCCGGCUGUUCAUCAGAUUGACUUGCACCCUUUCAUGACGCGCUCCGAGAUUGUCGCUUUUAGCCUGAAGCAUGGUAUAGCGCUUGAGGCUUGGGGAUCCCUUGCUCGUGGGAUGCGCAUGAAGCACCCGACGAUCGUCGGCCUCGCGAAGAAAUAUGGCAAGCAACCCGCUCAUAUUUUCCUACGUUGGUCUAUCCAGAAAGGUUAUAUUCCUCUGGUGAAGUCUGCUUCGCGCGAGCGCGUCAUCGGGAACACACAGAUAUACGAUUUCAGCCUGAACGACAGCGAAAUGGAAGAGCUUGAUGGGCUUAACGAGGAUCUUGUCACUGACUGGAAUCCGGUCGACUGUCCUUAG